AUUAAUAUUUAAAAAUGGGAAAACAUAAAAGUAGAAGUAGAUCAAGAUCACAUGAAAAAAAGAAACAUUAAAAAGAGAAAUAAAAAUCGAAAGAUGCAGAAGCAGAAUCAAAAGAUUGGAGAAAAGAUAAAAUAGAUUAAGGAUAAAAGUCUGUAUAAGCAGGAUUAGAUGUCUUAGAAAUAAUUAAAAAGGAAAGGAAAGAAGAUGAAGAAAAAUUAGAAUAAUGGAAGAAGAAAGUAGGUUACACAGGAUUGAAAGUUAAAGCUCCUUUAAAUAUAUAUGAAGAAGUAUGAAAAAUAUUUUAAUAUUGUUUAGAUAAUGAAAAAAAAUAUAGUAGCUCCUGUAAAACCAGUAAAUCCAUCUUUAUUAAAUAAUCCUUAAGCACCUAGAAUGAUUGAAAUUUUGGUUAAUGAUAGAUUAGGUAAAAAGGAGAGAAUCAAAUGUUGUCCUCAAGAUAAAAUAGGAGAUCUUAAAAAAUUGAUUGCUGCUAAGAUUGGAGUAAGGCCUGAAAAGAUCAGACUCUAAAAGUAGCAUAGUAUAUUUAAAGAUCAUAUAACUUUGGAGGAUUAUGAAAUAAAACAUGAGAUGUGUUUGGAAAUGUAUUAUAAUUGA